AUGAGUUCACGACCAACUUCUUCUCGGCGACUGCUCGUCUCCUCGCCUCCACCUUCGAAGGCACUUCUAAGCUUACAGAACCAAGGACUUGAGCUUCCAGCCUCUCCAUCAUCUCUGUCCCUUCUCUCUGCCCAGCAUGCGUCCGCGAGGUCGACCCCGUCUGAUAUGGACAAGCCCUUACCAUUAGAGCCAUUCGAUAGACAAAGGCGCUCUUCCAGUGUGUACAGCACCGAUACGACAAUUACAAACAUAAUCCGCAUGUAUGGAGGCUAUCGUGAUGUUGAUGAGUUACCAGAUCUGCCGUCCAUGCCUUUAAUACAUCAGCCUCAAGCCUACCGGGACACGGUUGCACCACUGUUGGUCAAACGCCUGAGCCUGAAUCGAUCGCCAUCACCGAGGCCACCAACACCUCCACGACCACGACCGAAAGCAUCAAUAUCAAGCUUUUCAUUAAGGUCUAAUGCCAAGAAGACUGCACCGAGCUUCAUCGAAUUUUCACGCAAUCUGGAAGACCGUCGGAACGAGCUUGUCUCCCCGUUUACACCUAAUACAGACCAUCAUCGUCAAGCCGCCUAUGAUCAACUUUUCCCACCGUCGACUCAGAACUCGUCACCUGAGCUACCCAUCUCAGUCUCGCACACUCCACCAUUACCGGAUGCCAUGUCAGUGACCGUCUCAAGUAUUGCAGAGUCGGACCUGUUGCCAUCGCCGCCCAAUUUACGCAGCACGAGUCCACCAAGUCCGAUUUUUGACACGCCUGGCCAGUUUUCAGCCUUACCUGGGCGAGACGACUCGCCAUUGUCUUCCAGCUCGCGACAGAGGUAUAGAAGCCGACAUUGGUCUGAGAAUUGGCUUGAGGAUGAAUUAGGAGUCGUCAGUCCGGUAUCAGGUUCAUCCCCGGUGAAAGAUGGAAAGAAUUCGGCCGAUUAUGGCAGAGUAUGUUCUGCAUCAUCCUCGGGGUCAGCAGACCAUCCAGAUGUGAAUCCUGAGUCGUUCGGAAAGAAGAAGUCAUUGAGGAGCAGUGGUCGUUCCAGCUUACAGCAAGGAGUCAACGGCCUACUACGAUCACUCUCGAUAUCCAGCCGACGAACUCGAGAUCGCACAAGUGAACCACGACAGCGACAGUUGGCAAUUCAACCCACACCAUAUCAAAGGUAUGGGGAUCAGAUCUGGAAGAACAAAAAAGCCAAAAAGAUGACUCAACAUGACGAGGUGGGCCACAACCGGGGCAAGUCGAUGGACCUUGUCACCGCUUAUCAAAGUGGACAGAGUCAAUUCGUCAGUGUCCUUGAGGGAGCGAAACGGAAGUUGAGGAGAAAGUCCUCACACAAGCGACGAGGAAAGCUCAAGCAGAGUAUCAUUUUGGUGGGACCUAAUCAGGCGGUAGGUAAUAUGAGUGAUAAAUACGGAUCUGAGCGAUUCAUUGUACCGGAAGAUGAUAGACGAUAUAUUUAA